AUGUCUAUAUUCGGUGUAUUUUCGAAGGAGGCUACGAGCAACCAAAGCUCUACGUUUUCUUGGAACAAAGAUAACCUUCCUAAGCAGCUCUUUAUCAACAAUGAACAGUAUGUCGAUUCGAAGAACAGCAAGAAGCUGGAGCUGUUCAACCCCAAAGAUGAAUCGCUCGUCGCCAACGAUGUCGCUUUGGGUGGCGAGGAGGAUGUUGAAGCUGCAGUAGCAGCAGCCGAAGCCGCCUUUCCUGACUGGAAGAAAACUCACCCCAACAAACGGCGUGACAUGCUGUUCAAGCUUGCCGAGCUGCUUGAGCAGCAUGGAAGGGCAAUUGGGGAAUUGAGCAGGCUCACGCUUGGCGCCCCGUACGAAGCCUUUGGGCUUGCUGAGCUCAACAUAGCCUGCGAAUGUUUCAGGUACUUUGCCAGCUGGACAGACAAGUUCGCAGGCGAAACAUAUCCGCAAGAGGAUGGCUUCUUGAAGAUUGUACGCAACGAGCCACUGGGCGUUACUUGUGGUAUUGUUCCGUGGAAUGCACCUAUUGGGACCGUGGCGGUCAAAGCUGGUCCUGCACUCGCAACGGGAAACUGCUUCAUUUUGAAGCCAUCGGAGAAGACACCGUUUGCUGCACUGGCGCUUGGAACCCUCAUAAAAGAAGCAGGCUUUCCUCCCGGCGUCUUUCAAGUCAUCCCAGGUGACGGCAGUACCGGAGCCCUCUUUGCAAGUCACAUGAGGGUACGCAAGAUCAGUUUCACAGGCUCAACAGCGACGGGGCGUGCCAUCAUGUCAGCAGCGGCCAAGAGUAAUCUAAAGCGAGUCACUUUGGAGCUAGGCGGCAAGAGCCCGGCGGUGGUUUUCAAAGACUGUAAUUUGGAGAAUGCGAUCACCUGGUGUGCCAAUAGUAUCACUGCAAACACGGGCCAGGUGUGUUUUGCGGCCAGCCGAGUGUACGUUGAAGCAUCCAUAUACGACGAGUUCUUGGCCGGCUACAAGAGGGCGAUGGAGGAAAAGAUUAGAGGUGUAGGCGACCCCGAGUCGGCAGAAACAACUAUCGGACCCUUGGUCGAUAAGGUCCAGUUUGAGAGGGUCCAGGGCUUCAUAGAGCGAGGCCAGCAGGGCCAAGGAAACUUGUUGGUCGGAGGAGGCCGUGUGGGUGAGAAGGGAUACUUUGUCCAGCCGACUGUUUUUGAGGCUGGCAAAGAAGACAUCGAGAUCAACAAACAGGAGAUCUUCGGACCAGUCUCAGUGAUCCAUAAGUUCGAAACGGAGGAGGAGGUUAUGGCCAAAGCCAACGACACCGAAUAUGGACUCAUGGCUGGUGUAUUCACCCAGGACAUCAAUAAGGCUUUGAGGAUCGCGUCCGAGUUCGAGAGCGGUAUGGUUGGCAUCAACUGCAUCAGCCUAAGCUUCCUGACAGCGCCUUUUGGUGGCACUAAGCAGAGUGGUCAAGGUAGGGAGAACGCCAUUCAUGCACUGAGGUCAUACACCGAACCCAAGACCGUCAUGGUAAACUUGACGUAUUAA